ACUUUGGAAACUUUUCCUCCCAUUUCAAGCUCCAUAUGUUGUGCUGAUCCACCUUCCACAAAUGUGGUCCCUUCAAAAUGGAACGCGUUCUACUCAUUGACCUACAUGAUUGGCUUUUUAUUAUUACUAUAAUUAGAGUUUUUUAGGCGUUCCUUUAUGCACAAAUGUCACCUAUCUAUUAUAUGCUCUCUGAGUCUGACCCCAUCGACCAAUGAGGUUAACCCUGUCAGCAAGCUGACAUGAGGUGCUCGGUUUGGAGGCUGCAGGGUCAUUGUGUUGCUACGUGAACACACAAUGUGAUGAGAAGUCACUGAUGAGCCGCAGAACAUCUACCUUCUACUACCCUCCUGCGUGAUGUCGGCCAUGUUUGCUGUGCUGGUGCUGGUGCUGUGUGGGUCUGUCUCCAUUUCUCACAGCUUCCUCCUUGGAGGACCAGUUAGCUCAGUGGAUCCAGGACAACCACUCUUCCUGUCUCCUUACAUCGCUAGAGGAGACAUUCAACAAGCCCAGAACUUGAGUCGUGUGGGUCCCCUGCAAGACUCAUCGGUAGUGGGUUACACUGGCUUCAUCACCGUCAACACACACUACAACAGCAACCUGUACUUCUGGUUCAUACCAGCCCAGCAUGCGGACCCCUCUACAGCUCCCCUGAUACUGUGGCUUGAUGGAGGCCCAGGGACAAGCUCCUUGUUUGGGCUGUUUGUACAGAACGGCCCAUUCAAUGUGGACAAGGACUUGAAACUGUCGCGACGGAAGGCUGACUGGUCACUCAAGUACUCAGUGUUAUAUGUUGACAAUCCGGUCGGCACUGGCUUUAGCUUCACUGACAACCUGUCAGGGUACGCCACCACCGAGGACGAUGUCGGGAGAGACCUCUACAGUUUCUUGCUGCAGUUUUACACCAUGUUUCCUCGCUUCCAGAAGAACGAUCUGUACAUCACCGGCCAGAGUUACGCAGGCAAAUACAUCCCAGCCAUCAGCUAUAAGAUCCACACAGAGAAUCCCACAGCCAAAGUCAACAUCAACCUGAAGGGGCUUUUCAUUGGAGGGGCAUUCACAGACCCCAUUUCAAUGAUUCCGGCCUAUGCAGACUACCUGUUUAAUGUUGGUCUGUUCGACGAGAAAGAGAAACAAUAUUUCCAGGACAAAAUGGGAAAGGUUACAGAGCUUCUGAAAGCUAAGGAUUUCAAAAAUGCCAUGGAUAUCUUCACAUCUCUCCUAUUGGGUAAAGGGUUCUUCUACAAUGCCACCGGAUACAUUUCCCAUGAGAAUAUUCUGGAAAUGCAGGGGCCUGCUGACAUGUCCUACUAUUCUGCAUAUGUUGAUCUUCCUGAAGUCCGCCAAGCGAUCCAUGUUGGAAACAUGACCUUUUCUGGCUCCAGCAACCGCGUAUUUCAGAUGUUGUAUUCCGACUUCCUAGACAGCGUCAGGCCCUGGUUUCUCACCCUACUCAACAGUGGGCAGUACAAGGUGUUGCUGUACAACGGACAGCUGGACAUCAUCGUGUGUUCUCCGACCACGGAGGCCAUGCUUGACAGCAUGACAGAGUGGAGAGAUCUCCCAGCCUACAGACAGGCCACCAAACACAUCUGGAGAGUCUCCCCCACAGACCAAGAGGUGGCAGGCUAUGUCCGGGUAGUGGGGAACUUCACUCAGGUGAUUGUGCGAGGUUCAGGUCAUAUAGUUCCCUUUGACCAGCCUGACAGGGCAUAUGACCUGAUACAGAGGUACAUAGAGGACAAGCCAUUCUACUAGAAGCGGAAACAUCCAUCUUCCCCAUCUUCUUGAGGCAAGGGAGAUAACUGAAUAUAAAAGUCUCCACACUUGCCGAACUAGGCUAGAAUUAUGGGGCUCUAUUUUGGCUGGACUAACGAGGCCAUGCAUUGUCCAAUCAAAAAUCACGUACGAAAUCGACAUCUGGGUCAUAAACUGCCGUGCAGAUUUCGGUUGAUUGCUGGAUUUGUAAAGCUGUAAAGCAUGUGUUCCACCAACUUGGUGACAACAGAUAUUUUCCAAAUACUUUUAUGUUUUAAAUCAAGGUGCUUACGUGAUUUGAUGGACUUCGCGAGGUGUGAACCAUUUUAUUACAAUAUAGAUUUUGAUUAUCGAUCUGAUCGUUUUGACUGGGCACAGCCAUUUUGUUUGAAGCAAAUGCAAGUGAUAUGAGAGGUGGAAUCUGAUUGGUCAAUAGGUGGGGUAUAGUAGGGACAUAACUUCUAAUAGCCACUGGUGAUGCUACGAUCGAGCCCAGAAAUUCCAGCCUAGUUUGGCUAGGGUGGAAACUGGAAUUUUACAGUCAGUUAACUCCUUGCCUCAGGAAGAUGCAUGUUCACCAACUGGUACACACUGAAGAGAUGAAAAGAGCUGUUUUGUGCCCCCGUUAAAUAGUAGUGCUGUGCAUCGGCAAAACAAUUGUAUUGCGAUAUAUUGUGAUAUGGAUUUGAAGUAAAUUGGGAGCUUGAGUGUUGGACAGUGAUUGACACUGAUUGUGCCUGCAGAUCCUAUUUCCUACAAUCUAAAGUAACUAUUACGAUGUCAAAGUCAACAUGGUCAGUCAGUGUCGCGGUGAGAGGAAAGUCACAUCUGCGCUUCCACCGUUUUGUCAAUCAGUUUCGACGGGAAACAUCACUUGUGAGUGAUUUUAAGUUAAAUGAUAGAAAUAAUAACAACAUUUGUUAUAUAUUUUUUACCCAAUAUACCAAAACAGAGUAAAUAAAUAUUAAUUGUGUAUAUCAAUUGAAAAGCAUAUUGCAGUAUACCGGUAAUACCAUGCAGUCCUAUUGAACUGGAAUGUUUUGUGGGGCUUGUGGUCAUGCUGUAGCAGAGUUGGUAUAUGAAAACCACCUGUCCAAAAUAGACAGAUCAUCCCUAGCAUUCAAAAAUAAGUCUCAAAUAUCUACAAAGACAGAUUUAAUAGGCCGUAAAAGACAAAACAGGGAUGAAAACGAUAUGAAUAUUUCACUGAGAACCAGAGAUGACACCACGUUUUCACAAAAAAGGUAAGCAUGUCCUGCUCUACUGGUAGCACCCAACACAACAUAUGUUUCAUUGCAAAGGUGCCAGUGAGGGAGGAGGUGUGAAAACUCCUAAGUAAAGGUCAUUGUAUGGGAUAGCAUCAUGCAUCAUGUUGGCAAGCAAAGUGUCCGACCAGAGACAUGUACCGAUAUAAAGUUCCCUGGUCACGUUGAGUAAAUUGUUCUGAAUGUUCACCUUAAGUUUCUAGAUUGAUAUGCAUGGCUUUGAAGCCUUGAUUGAAAAGAUAGGUUGUAAGCAACAUGUGUCUUUCCAAGACAUUUGAAUAAAAUGUACAUGGCACUCACUUAUCACGAAACAUCUCUGUACAUCUUCAACCCAUGUGUUUACCAGUAGAUCACAUUCCACAGACCUCAAGUGAUUUUACUGAUUACAUAUAUUCUCCUAAAUGUUUAAAUAGCUUUGAAAGGAUUAGCCUACAAAGGAUGUAAACAAAUCACUUAACACAAAUCUGCCUGAUUGAAUUAGUAACUGAUAUUCAUUUAUUUUUUACUAGAUUAUGUUUAGGUAGUAAAUACUACUGUCUAAUAAUUGAGUUGUUUACAAUUAUGUUUACUUUAAAAUUUUGUCCAAGUGUGAAGUUGUCAGGGUGAUUGCCUCAUCAAAGAUUCAGCCUUCAUGAUGAAAUCAUAACAAAUUCCUCUCCAGUUUUUCAUCUAACUUCCAUAUUUCAAGAAAUGUUGAAUGUGAAUGUCAGUGGACAACAAAAUACUGGGGUAGUUGUGAAAACAUAAUAUGUCAAACAUCAGGACUUUCAAAUUUGUCUCAUAUAUGUAACUGUAUGCAUAUCUGUUCCGAAAGGAAGAAUUAAACAAGCAGUAUACGA